GUAUGAUGAGGAGUAAUGCUGGCUACAGACCGCUGCCACUAUGCAAAAUACAACCCUUACAUGGACUCUCCACAGUCUAUAGGUUUCCAAGCAACAAUCAGUGCUCCACAUAUGCAUGCAUAUGCACUUGAACUUCUGUCUGAUCAGUUACAUGAAGGAGCCAAAGCACUUGAUGUAGGAUCUGGAAGUGGAAUUCUUACAGCAUGCUUUUCGCGAAUGGUUGGUCCCAAAGGACAAGUUGUAGGAAUUGAUCAUAUCAAAGAACUAGUAGAUGACUCAAUAAAUAAUGUCAAAAAAGACGAUCCCACAUUGCUGUCUUCAGGAAGAGUGAAACUGAUUGUGGGAGAUGGACGAAUGGGAUAUGCAGAAGAAGCUCCCUAUGAUGCAAUUCACGUUGGAGCUGCAGCCCCGGUUGUGCCCCAAGCACUUAUAGACCAGUUAAAACCUGGCGGAAGAUUGAUAUUACCAGUUGGCCCUGCUGGGGGAAACCAGAUGCUCGAACAGUAUGACAAACUAGAAGAUGGCAGUGUCAAAAUGAAGCCUCUGAUGGGAGUGAUAUAUGUGCCUUUAACAGAUAAAGAGAAGCAGUGGUCCAGGUGGAAGUGAUUUUCUGUUCCACUUACUUCUUCCACACACAUUCAAGGGAUGAAUUGUAAAAGCUACAUCAUCUUGACCCAAACAUAGUGUUACAGUGGACUGCUCAUCUCCAGUUCUAAAAGCUUUUUGAAAACCAACAGCAUUGCAGCUUGUUUUGGACUUCAUUAUACUGUUGUUAUCAGCAUGGAAAAGCGUGAUGUUUGUUUUAUUUUUUUAGAUGCUCAAGGCAAAUCUGAUAAAGAAAUGGUGGAAAGUUU